GAAUUCAAUGCGGUCAGAAAGUUAUAACAGCUCCAAUCUGCCUCACUUGCGGAUUAGCUUCACUCGGGAAUAGACUUUUUCUGGUACGUGGUUAAGAAAAGGUCGCGCGGGUGUGUGACACCCUACGUGGAGGAAAGCGGCAGUAUGAGGCGAGUUCAAGCCUAUUCGGAGGAAAGGAAUAACGCUCCACGAAAGUCUCUGAGAAUGAAGAAACAAGUGAAAGAAGAGAGAAUAGCUGCAGUCAAGAAACGUAGUUCGACGUACUUGAAAAAAUUCACCGUUGCAGUUUUCGGGGAAGCCAGGACAGGAAAAUCAUCCUUGAUUCGGACCUUCCUUGGGGAGACAUUUCAAAACGACUAUGAACCGACCAUAGAAGACUUUUACUCCAAGCAGAUUGUCUACAACGACAAAAAUUACCAAGUGGAUAUCAUAGACACUUGUGGCUCGGAGAAUUUCCCAGCCAUGCGGAAAGUGGACAUUAACAAGGCAGACGCCAUUUUGCUUGUGUACUCUCUGGACAAUCCGCGCUCUUUUGAGCGGCUUCGCGAGCUAAGAGAGGAAGUGUUUCAAGAACGAGGCAAUACUUUGCCAGUUAUGGUUGUAGCUAACAAAUCAGACGUCGUCAUAGAUGGACAUGCUUUAGAUAUGAAAAUGAAUGAUGGAUCUUUAGUGAACACUAAAUGCGUCGCUGAGAAGGAAUGGAACGUAUUGUGGACGAUAACUUCAGCCAAAAUGGCGUGGGGUAUCGAGGACAUGGUGCAUGGACUUAUUGAUGCAUUCUACGCCCGAAGAGUGCAAACAUUGCCAACUAAGGGUAGCUCAUGGCUUAGAAGAAGUCCUAUACUUAACAGUUUGCGUAGGAAAUCUAAGUAAAAAAUUUACAUGACUACCUCACUUAGUUCCUACCAGUAGGCUUUCAACGACUGCCCGAAAUGAAUUUAAGUCGCUAAAAUGUCUGUUUUCCUUGCGUCAAGCGUCGGUGAUGUUGCAUGAUAUUAGUGUUUUUAGCUUCACGCUUUACUGCAUUUGUAGACGAAAAGAAUUUUUAAGCUAUUUGUUGUUUAUCCAAAUGCUUUCAAGACAUCCCAUUGUCCACAGUUUAUAGUUUCAAACGAUCCUGUUUCGUUUGAAAAUCUACUCGCUCUCCUCUAGAAUGUCAUAAUCCUAAUCAAGGCAGUUUUCAGAAGCAUAUUUCAAAUAACAAGCUAAGUAUUCUCUUAGUGCGUUAAUCAAUUAACAAUAUUGAAUCAUUAAUUUCCCAGAAGUUUCUAUUACCAGAAAUUCAUGCAAAGAUGUGACUGAAUGUAAUAGAAUUUGAACGACAGUUGUUUAUAUGAAUUACAGAGAAAUUAAAGAUAAGCUUUUUAUAUACUGAUGGA